GGCAAAAGGAGCCGCACUCCGAGCACAUGCAACAGGGUGCAGCUUCUGUGUCGCCGCCUCUCCUCUCCGACCGGGCUACCAGAGAGACGAGAAGAGCAGCAGAGUUCAGCGCCGAGUGAGCACUUGUUCUGCUCUUUCUUUUUUCACCCCCCCCCCACCCCAAAUCACAAAACAGACGCUGAGACCAAAGUCAAGGAAGGAAAAGGAAGAUUUCUCUUUCAGCAUUUCCUGGACUGAGGAGAACAAACACUCAUUGUCAGCUUGGCUCAGUUGACAGGCGAGUUUGGAAAAAAAAAAUGGGCAUGCCACCUGUGGCACCAGUUUGAUGAAGAAGGCCGCCCGACUUCGCACAUCCUCCUCACCACAUUUCGACAGCGAUGGCUUCCAAGAAGAAGUGGGCCGAGCGGAGGGACACGCGCAAGGACCAAGCGUUCUCCACCCGCGAUGAUGCGUCCGUCGCAUCUGGGGCGUCGGGGCCGGGGCGUCCCACCGCCAGGGGGCGCUUCUCCGAGUCUUGGAAGAGGCUGAGCUCCAGAGGGGGGUCCACCAAAAGGGGGGCGCUGGGCUCUCAGCAGCCACCGGCACAGAAAUCAUGGAUCGAGAGAGCGUUCAGCAAGAGAGAAUGUGUUCAUAUCAUUGUGAGCGCCAAAGACCCCCAUAGGUGCUGCUGCGGUCGCCUCAUAGGACAGCACGUGGGGCUUCCCCCCGGCAUUUCAUCCAGUCACAAUGACAAGGCGGAACGAGCGGCCAAGAACGACAGUCCGUCUGAGAAGUGGUCCAUCAGCAAACACACUCAGCUCAGCCCCACGGAUGCCUUCGGCACCAUCGAGUUCCAGGGAGGAGGACAUUCCAACAAAGCCAUGUACGUGCGAGUGUCUUAUGACACCAAGCCGGACCUGCUGCUGCAUCUGAUGACCAAGGAGUGGCAGCUGGAGCUACCCAAACUUCUCAUCUCGGUCCACGGGGGGCUGCAGAACUUUGAAUUGCAACCAAAACUCAAGCAGGUCUUUGGCAAAGGGCUCAUCAAGGCUGCCAUGACGACCGGAGCCUGGAUCUUCACCGGAGGCGUCAAUACAGGGGUCAUUCGCCAUGUGGGUGAUGCACUGAAAGACCAUGCCUCCAAGUCCAGGGGAAAGAUCUGCACCAUUGGUAUUGCGCCCUGGGGCAUCGUGGAAAAUCAGGAGGAUCUCGUUGGCAAAGACGUGGUACGUCCGUACCAGACCAUGUCCAACCCGAUGAGCAAGCUGACGGUUCUCAACAGUCUCCACUCACACUUCAUCCUGGCUGACAACGGCACCACGGGGAAGUACGGCGCCGAGGUCAAACUACGGCGACAGUUGGAGAAACACAUCUCCCUACAGAAGAUCAACACACGGAUUGGACAGGGCGUACCAGUGGUGGCUCUCAUUGUGGAAGGAGGCCCUAAUGUGAUCUCCAUUGUGCUGGAGUACCUCAGGGACACACCCCCAGUCCCUGUAGUGGUGUGUGACGGCAGCGGCAGAGCCUCCGACAUCUUGGCAUUUGGUCACAAAUACUCAGAGGAGGGAGGCAUAAUUAACGAGUCGCUGAGAGACCAGUUGCUGGUGACCAUCCAGAAAACCUUCACUUACAGCCGCACGCAGGCCCAACAUCUGUUCAUCAUUCUCAUGGAGUGCAUGAAAAAGAAGGAGCUGAUAACAGUCUUUCGAAUGGGGUCCGAGGGUCAUCAAGACAUUGACCUCGCCAUCCUUACGGCACUCCUAAAAGGUGCCAACGCUUCAGCUCCCGACCAGUUGAGUUUGGCUCUCGCGUGGAACAGAGUCGACAUCGCCCGCAGUCAGAUCUUCAUCUACGGACAACAGUGGCCCGUUGGUUCCCUGGAGCAAGCCAUGUUGGAUGCCUUAGUUCUGGACCGGGUGGACUUUGUCAAGCUACUGAUCGAAAAUGGAGUCAGUAUGCACCGUUUCCUCACAUUGUCCAGGCUGGAGGAGCUCUACAACACGAGGCACGGUCCGUCCAACACGCUUUACCACCUUGUCAGGGAUGUCAAAAAGCGAGAAUAUCCAGGGUUCAGUUGGAUCUACUUCAAGGGAAACCUGCCCCCAGACUACCGCAUCAGCCUAAUCGACAUCGGAUUGGUCAUUGAGUACCUAAUGGGCGGAGCUUAUCGUUGUAACUACACUCGGAAGAGAUUCAGGACUCUGUACCACAACUUGUUUGGGCCCAAAAGGCCCAAAGCCUUGAAACUGCUGGGGAUGGAGGAUGACAUGCCCAUUCGGAGGGGCCGUCAGAAAACGACACGCAAGCGAGAGGAGGAGGUGGACAUCGAUUUGGACGACCCUGAAAUCAACCACUUCCCGUUCCCCUUCCACGAGCUGAUGGUGUGGGCCGUGCUGAUGAAGCGGCAGAAGAUGGCGCUCUUCUUUUGGCAGCACGGCGAAGAGGCCAUGGCCAAAGCCUUGGUCGCCUGCAAACUGUGUAAAGCCAUGGCGCACGAGGCGUCCGAGAACGACAUGGUGGACGACAUCUCGCAGGAGCUGAACCACAACUCCAGAGAGUUUGGCCAGCUGGCUGUGGAACUUCUGGACCAGUCUUAUAAACAGGAUGAGCAGAUGGCCAUGAAGCUCCUGACGUAUGAGCUGAAGAACUGGAGCAACGCCACCUGCCUGCAGCUGGCGGUAGCGGCCAAGCACCGCGAUUUCAUCGCCCACACCUGCAGUCAGAUGUUGCUGACCGACAUGUGGAUGGGACGUCUGCGCAUGCGCAAGAACUCAGGACUGAAGGUGAUCUUGGGUCUGCUCCUGCCGCCAUCAAUCCUGAGCCUGGAGUUCAAGAACAAGGAUGAGAUGUCGUACAUGCCCCAGGACCAGGAGGCCUACUUGCAGGAGAAGGAGGAAGAGGAGCCCGAGAAACCUGUCAAGGAGAAGGAGGAGGAGGACAUGGAGUUCACAGUAAGAUCUUACUGUGAGGCGCAGUACAACUCCGUGGCGAUGCUGGGGAAGGUAGCCACAGAGACGUCCAGGAAGAAAGAUGUUGAGGAGGUUCAGAACCGCCACAGACUCAUUCCUAUGGGACGCAAGAUCUACGAGUUUUACAACGCUCCCAUCGUCAAGUUCUGGUUCCAUACGAUGGCCUACGUGGGCUACCUAAUGUUAUUCAACUAUAUUGUCCUGGUAAAGAUGGACCUAUGGCCUUCACCUCAAGAGUGGAUUGUCAUCGCUUACAUCUUCACCAAUGGCAUUGAGAAGAUGAGAGAGAUUCUUAUGUCAGAGCCAGGGAAGUUGUUACAAAAGGUCAAGGUGUGGCUUCAGGAGUAUUGGAACAUCACAGACCUCAUGGCCAUCCUCAUAUUUUCUGUCGGCAUGGUUCUGCGUCUCCAGGAGCCCCCGCUCAUGAGCUAUGGACGGGUCAUCUAUUGCGUCAACAUCAUCUACUGGUACAUCCGGCUGCUCGACAUCUUUGGUGUCAACAAGUACCUGGGUCCCUAUGUGAUGAUGAUUGGCAAGAUGAUGAUCGACAUGAUGUACUUUGUGAUCAUCAUGUUGGUGGUGCUCAUGAGCUUUGGGGUCGCGCGACAGGCCAUCCUCAACCCCAAUGAAGACCCCUCGUGGAUGCUCGCACGGAAUAUCUUCUUCAUGCCGUACUGGAUGAUCUAUGGGGAGGUGUUUGCUGAUCAGAUUGACCAUAUUCAUAGUAGGAAGUUACAGCAAAGGCUGAAUGAAAAACUCUGGCUGGUCGAAAAUUACUUACGAACUCUCGGAACCUGGCGUAGUAGUGGUGCAUCCCACAUUGCCCAGUGCUCUCAAAAUUCCACUCCCUGUGGGCAGAACAUCACCACUGAGGAUGGAGUGAUGGUGGCCCUGCCUCCGUGUAAAACGGGCGCCUGGAUUGUGCCGGCCAUCAUGGCCUGCUACCUGCUGGUGGCCAACAUACUGCUGGUCAAUCUCCUCAUCGCUGUGUUCAACAACACAUUCUUCGAGGUAAAGUCCAUCUCCAACCAGGUUUGGAAGUUCCAACGCUAUCAGCUCAUCAUGACCUUCCACGAGCGUCCGGUCCUUCCUCCGCCGCUCAUCAUCUUCAGUCACAUCACCAUGGUGCUCAAGCACCUGUGUUGUCGCUGGCGCAAGCACGAUGACGACGAGAGGGACUAUGGACUGAAGCUUUUCAUCACAGAGGAUGAGCUGAAGAAGGUCCACGACUUUGAAGAACAGUGCAUCGAAGAAUAUUUCAGAGAGAAGGAUGACCGAUUCCACUCGUCGAAUGACGAAAGGAUCAGAGUCACUUCUGAAAGGGUGGAGAACAUGGCCAUGCGUCUUGAGGAAGUCAAUGAAAGGGAGCACUUUAUGAAGGCCUCGCUGCAGACCGUUGACAUCCGCCUAGCGCAAAUGGAGGAGCUGAUCGGACGAAUCGCGGUGGCGCUGGAGCGCGUGACGGGCGUCGAACGCGGGGAAGUCAACAAAGUUCGAUCACGGACGUCAUCUGACUGCACCGACUCGGCGUACAUCCUCCGUCAAGGGGAGUGUGCGGACGCCGCCUACAUUCUUCGCCAAAGCAGCUUCAACAGCACCGAGGGGAACACGUACCGCCUGCAGGAGGCGCUGGAGUGCACCGCCGAGGGCUCCAUGUCCCCUCCAUCUCCAACCAACGCGGCGCCGAGGACAAGAAGCCAUUCGUUUUACGUCGGAGGCGGUCGCGGCGGCGAACGCGCGAGCGGCGCCGAACGGGCCGACAGCUUCUUCAAAGAGCGCUCGCUUAGUCUCCAUCGAGCCAACAGCUCGCAGUCUGUGUCGUCGUCCGCCGUCACCAAAGAGUCUAAGCCCCUGCCCCUGGCGACGCUGUCAGUCUCCCAGCAGCACCGUCCGUCAUCGUGCAUCGAUAUCUAUGUCUCGACUUCUGAGGAGGUGGCACCCGCCGAGGUUUUUCUGGAUUCCCUGCGUGUGGUCCCGCCCCUCCAGAGAGAGGCGUCGCUACAGUCCGACAUCGUCGAGGCGGUGCUGCCGGGAGGCCGGGACUUGAGCAGCGCCACCACCAGCGGUUUGGGUGACAGGCACUCGGAGGGCGGCGGGGCCAGCAGCGGGACGGCCGCAGCCAUGUUUGACGACAGCGCGGCGGCCGAUCUUUCCUUGUGUUCGGCCCACCUGUUACCGGACACCGGCCUCCCACCUUGGGACGCGGAACCGUCGCCGCCCCCUUCAGCCGGACCGCUGGAGCGCUCCAAGAGCAGCCGCCUCCUCUCCGCGGUGGGCACGUCCUUCCUGGAAGAGCCGCCUUUGGUCAAGUCCCACAGCCUGAUGUUCCCGGCGAGGAGCUGCUACGGCGGACUGGGUGUGGGCGUCCAGGUAAAAGCUGCAGAGUACACCAGCAUCACUGACUGCAUCGACACGCGCUGCGUCUCCUCACCGUACACCCCCGUAGAACGCUCGCACUCCCCCGGCGGCUCCACGUCUUUCCCUUUUGAUAAGCCCCCAGACAUUGGCUCCUCUCAUCCGGAGAGAGAGGCCGAGCUCAGUCACACGGAGUCUGAUACGGAGGACCUGAUCCCAGCCCCGGACACCCUUCGUCCGGGGACCCUGGGCGGACCCGGCGGGGCCCCUCUCUGCUCCCCCUUCUCCAGGCUGGAGCGAGCGAACAGCUGCUCUUCAGACGACUCCCAUCCUUCGCUCACGCUGGCCCCUCCGCACAGGAAGAGCCUGUCGGUGAGUGAGAGGAUGGAGAGGGGACCGGGUCUGGGGGCAGACAGGGGGCCUGGGCCCGGGGGUCGGGGUCUGGCAGGAACCAGAAACCCCUUCCUCAGGAGCAAGUCCGGGGCGCGGCCUGACACAGCGAAGACUGACAGCCUCUCCAUGAGGAAGCUGGCCGCUCCAUCAGCAUUCCGCAGCUUCGAUAGACAGAACUACACGUGACAAGACACGCGCGCACACACACACACACACACACACACACACACACACACACACACACACACACACACACACACACACCACCACAGACAGCAUACACUGAAAGAACUAGGGAAGAAGGGAAGGCAUGAAAGCAGGACAACCUCACCCUUAAAGUUCCACCUGAAACAGAUCUGCGGCGCAUUGGGGGUCAGCAGAGAGUGUGUGAGCGGGUCCAUCUGUACACCUGUCAAAAAUAAAGCGCUAUAGAUUAGGUUUCACUUCUUCCCGCUCUUGUAGCUGACUUAACGCUCACUGGAAGUUGUGUUUGUGCUGUAUGUCUCCCCCCCAAAAACUACCUUUACAUCAUCUUUGUGCCACAACACGGAAGGUAAGAAACUGGAACUACAAAGGUAAGACAAAGAUAAGGAAAUAAUACAUUUCACACGACACCAAACGUAGCAUAGCGUUCAUUAUGUCACUCAGUCUUCACGGGACGAUAAAACAAACUCAUGUAGCUGCUUCCUCAAGAAAUCGUUUCUGAAUCAUGCAGUACAACGUAGUUGUCAUGGUAACCACUAACUUGACAUCCAUCCAUGCGCUUAUCCUGUUUAGGCCUGUCGGUCACUGGAGGAUUGUGAUGGGACACUUUGUGGGAAUUGACUUUAUGGCCAUGUCAUGUGUCAAGUUACGCUUGCUAGCACUCCGAGCAGUAAAUACAAGGCCGAAAGGCCGCGUGAUAAGACAGCGGAAAACACAUACGCUUCUGCUGCUGUAGAUUUUUAAAGGCAGCGCAUAAAAUAAGCAAUGGCAACAUGACUCUACAUGCGCUAAUCUGUUUGUUUAUUCAUCAGCAGCAGCAGCAGCACUUUUGCUUCUCUUCACCUAGAACCAAAAUCACAGCUCCCCAAAAAGGGACGUUUUGCCACAUCUGAGGCCUCCUCAUUUCAUUCCCCUCAUGGUCAUUCUUUUGCUUUCGUUCAACCGGACACACUUUUAAAGUGUGCAAUUCACAGUUCACUGAGCCCACGUCAAAGUAAAAAACCAUCGCGACACCACUUUACAUCCGAUUAUAUGACACAACCGCUUUGCCGUAAACUCCGUCGUUUCUCACUCUUGGAAACUGAGUUCAUCGUCUGCAGCGGUUCUGAAUGUGGAUUUUUAUUAUUCUGGUCACUCUAUUUGUAUGUACAAUAAUGUGCAAAAGUCUGAGGCCAACACUGGAUUUGUUCUUUCAACAUAAUUGAUUGUUCUUUUCUCAUAAUUAUGAUGAUUUUUUUUACAUUUUCAAUGGUCUUAAACCCCAAACAGAUGCAUGUUAGGUGCCUUGAAGACUCUAAAUUGGGCACCGGUUUGAAUGCGAGUGUGAAUGCUUGUUUGUCUACACCAGGGAUGGGCAACUUAAACGAUCGAGGAGGCCACAAUUUUAUUAUCUGUGCUACUGGGGAGCGAGGGGCGGGGCUUCAUAGGACUGCACAUUUCAUAACUGGAUGCCCAUCCAGGGUCUACUCUCUACCAAAGCCCUCGAUACUGUAUGUGCUCUAUCGCUGGACCAGUCCAGGGUGUGUCCGCGUCACGCCCAAGGACAGCUGAGAUACACUCCAGCUCACACACUACUACCCUAAUGAGGAUAAGCGCUAUCGAAAAUGGAUGGAUGCAUUUUUUUUUUUUUUUAACCAGGUUUAGAAUAGGUCAUAGCUAAUGUUAAUGAAACUGCAACCUGCGUUCACUGUGAAAUGGGAUUGAAAACAAAUUGAAUAUUGAGCAUGCGUCGCCCAUUGUUGGCCGUCAGAUAUGUUGAAGGAGAACUCUUAUAUUUGAUGGUUUGAAAGGAUGUCCUGGAAACCGAACGCAUCACGGCGCGGAUACUGAAUUUGCUUUUCACAUCACUGCCAUACUUAACAGUGAGAAACUAAUAAAUCAAUCAAGUAUGGCACUUUUUGACCUUUAAGAUGUGGCCUUGGAAGAGGUCUAUUGUAGAUGCAGUAUAUUUUUUUUAAUCUGCACAAUACAGUAUACGGUCAUGAUCGCAUUAGUGAAUAUACUAAGUCAGUGGCCGAAGAGUUUUGCAUAGAACCGUUCAUGGGUGGGGUCCGAUGAUACAUCGGAAGGCUCCCUUGUCAACAAGACAAUAAAAACUAGACAAUAGAUGAGUUUUUGAUUACGAAGGAAAAGGAGGGGUCAUUCUGUCUUUCGCUUUUUUUUUUCCUACAGAGUUUUUGCUCAAGCUCUGAUAGGCGAAAUUAAAGGUAGAAUUUUGUGGUUGUGAGGCUAAACUAGAACGCUGCUAGUGAAUGAUUUUUUAAAAAAAUUGCGCAAACGCGAGCCACGCACACACGUGAAAGUGCCUUCCAAACACCGCUACAUAUCACUGACGGGUCGAAGCUUUGAUGGAGGAUGGGAAGGACGAGACAUCAUUUUAAAGGGUUGCUGGAAAUAGAAACUUUGGCCAAGGUUUGCGUGCGCACGGCUCAGAGCUGCGCUUGACUGCGAUGGUGCCGCAAAGACGCAACUCAUCAGUUUUUGGUUGGUUCUGCAGCCUGGUUGGUUGGCCCUGUGUCAGAGGACCUUCUGUUGAUACAAAGGGCUCUUUUUCAUCGGAUGUAAAUUCUUCAAAUGAGGGUAUAACUACAAAUCUUCCGCUUAAUUUUCCAACCAAUAAAUCCCAAACGUUUUAUAGUGUCGUUCAUCAAGUUUUAUUCUGUGCGACAUUUCAACUCACUCUUUAAUGCUUCGUCUCCAUCACUGACAAUAAAGUACCUUUUUGAUUUGCAAAUAUAAUUUUUAUAACCUCUUAAUAUUGAUCUGAUUUUUUUAAAAUGAAAUGAAAGACAGCCACAUGCACUAAAUGCUUAUGUAUUUAUGAAAAACAUAGGUGUCUAUUAGAAAUAUUUAAAGUAGUUUUUAUCAUACGCUGAGAAAUGGAAUGACGUGGCAACUUUUGGCUGGAUACCAAAUUUUCAGGUGCCUUUGGGGCAUGGAUGAAUUAUGUUGGAGUUCAGUCACACACAUAUGUUUUUUUUUUUUUUUUUUACUUUAUAUGUUCCCCACGUCAUUAAAAAUGGAAAUAUCCAUGACUGAUGUCAGCAUGUGGCCUCAGCGCAGACAUCUGCUUGAGCUCUUGAACCGCACAAAGAGGAUGCUUGUUGGAAUGAGCUGGCAGCAACAUUGCUUGUCUGAACAUCUGUUUGUAGCCAAAAGGCGUCGAGGACAAACGCGUAUGUUUUUGCAUGGGCGGACAAAUUCAAAGUGUAAUAACGACUGUUGAAUAGUGAUUCAUUUUUUGUGUCACACAAUAACCUGUAUGGUGACCCUCUUGCAAAGUUAAAACACCCGACAUGUUCAACCCCCCUAGUGGACAACAUUAGUUCCUGGGUUAUCGAUUUAAGACAUGCGACAUAACUGUGAACGUACAGUGGAACCUUUAAAGUUGAAAGGAAUCUGGGAAAAUUGUUC